ACACAUGAGCUGAUGUAUAUUCAGUUCACAGGCACUGGGUGCUCGGUAGCAGCCUCAGACCAAUUCUCUCCAAUUGGAGCAUGUGGGCUCCCUGACCAGUCGCAGAAACGGGAAUAUUGAACUGAUGUUUGAUCAGUGGCACACGAGCGGCAGCAAGCGAUGAACUCAGAAACACGGCUCCGGAACUGAAAAAUAAAAAAAGAAACUCAUUUUCUUUGCUGCUCCUAAAAUUGCAGCAAAGACUGACCUGACUGUCAGAACCGAUAGAGCAAUUUCAUUAGUGAAUAUUCAAGAUCGACCGGACGUUUGAGCGUAUAAAAUGGGAAACAUUCUGAUCAGGAAGAAGAAAAACUAUAAACUUUCCAGUGACAAAGAGGCUGACAAAUUGGCUGAAGGAACAACAGCAGAAGAUGGAGAGGUAAAUAAGGAAAAGCAGGAAGAGGCCAAAACCACUGAAGAGCACGCAGAAGGAAACAUCUCACAGGCCAAAGACAGCCAGGCUGCCAACAACACAACUGAGGCUAAGGAAGAGGAUAAAGAAACAGUGAAAAAAGAGGAAACUCAAAUGGCUGAGGCUGAAAAGCCACAAGUUUCCACUGAAGCAAAAACAGAGCCUCAGUCCAUGGAACCGACUGCAGAAAAGCCGACAGAACCACCUGAAGCUGCCCCUGUCACUAGUUCUGCAGACAGUGAGCCUCCAGCAGUGCUUGAACCCAGUGCAGAAGUGACAUCCACUCAGUCUUCUGAAACCCCAACACCUGUUCCCGAAAGCAAAACAGAAGAAAAGUGCUCUAGCGAGGUUGAAGUGGAGUCCAAACAGACUGAGGUCUCACCGACUCUUGUAGCCCAAGAGGAAAGUAAAAAAGCAGAGCCCCAGAGUUUGGACUCUGCCACCAGCACCAUUGAUGCUGUUUCUUCCAAGGAGACACCAGCAGCAGAAGCACCUAGCUCCACCCCAGCCGGCCCUGUAGCAUCAGAUAGUGCUACCCCAGCAGAUGUCACAGCUUCAGUGGAUUCUUCAGCCAUUACUGAUCAAACGUUAGCUGUGCAAGAAUAAUGGAUGGUCCCAUUCAACAACCAUUCACAACCUGCAUUAAAUUCCAACUGUACUAACAAACUUGAUCCAACUGUCUUUUACCAGAAAAUUCCCAAACCGAUACACCAUCCUGUUGAAAAGUUCCAUCAGGAAACUUCAAGCUACAUUCUGAAAAAUUACCGGACUUAAAUAUUGAUGUCUGAAAGUUUAGUGAGUGGAAUGAAAAUCUGCUCAACAGCUGUAAGUGAUGUACCUCGCUGAUUCAAACCAACACAAAACAUAAUGGUUAUGACUCUACUGAGUGAUAGUUAAUGGGACUGUGCCAAACCAAUCAGAUAUUCAGAUAACAUCUUUCUUUGUUUUCCAGCUUGAUUUUACACAUUGAGGUACUGCCAGCUGUCAGAUAAAAGCCACCAUGUUCCCUUUCUCAUGACACAUCAGAAACAAUAGAUUUGUCUCAAAAAUACUUCAGACUAACAUACACCUCUCAUUGUACGUAGCCUAUCUAGAUUUAUCUCCAUCAGUUAAUGCAUGUCCGUUGUUGGGUGCACCUGUAGUUCUGUUUAACAGUAAGUGGCAAACAAAUCUGCAUUCAUUGCAAUUCCAGCUUCUUCCCCAUAAUCCUCCAUCACCACAGCACAUGUCGAUAAUGAUGAGAAUUGUAAAAUGGAUGCUUUGGAAUUAUAUGUGAUUGUAUUAAUGGUGCAACAGUAAUAAAAAUCAUGAAAAAAGAA